CUGCUAAGAUGCUAUGGCUAACCUAUCUUCUCUUCCUCUCCUUGAUCAACAAUUUUAUAGAAAAAAUAAAUGUUGAAUGAAGAUAGAGAAUACCAGCUCCUAUAAUGAUUUCUGCCAAAUCACGUUCUCGGGUCUUCCAUCACGUGACACCGCUCUGACUCCCGCCCGAAGCAAACGACUUCGCAGCAGCAGAUCGAGGACGCCAGCAUCGCGAUCCGCCCCCUCGAGCUGGAUUCUAUCGGCAAUUGCAUCUGAAUCGUGGCCUGUGGUUUUUCGCGCCAGAUCGCCGUUCCCAUCGCUUUCGCCGCCCGCCCUAUCGUUCGCUCCCUCUCUCUCACUCUCACACACACUCUCUCUACCCAACUCCUUCACCCCACCACCACACCGGGGAAACACCAGCUGCUGCGAGAAUCUUAUUCCAUCCAUCCAGAUUCCCGGGGUGCUUCCGCCUCAGGACCCCAUGUUGAAGAGAAGGAGAGAUCGUCGUCGUAUCCGGGCCUCAACUCCUCUUUCUCUCCUCUCCGCCGCCGCACGGGGGUCGACGACUGCCUCUGUCCAACAGCAACACCCGCCGGUACCAUACCUGCCUCGGUCUCGGCUGCCUCGUUAAAUGGCCGAUGGUACCUACAGGUUCCAGCAGCCUGGGGCCGGGCAAUUCUACUUCCAACCGCAAUCUCAACAGCACUCCCACCCGCG